UACCCCGCUUCCCUCCGGGUGGCGGCGCUGUGACGAGCGACUGACAGGCGCAACGAAAGGCAGCCCUCUGCCGUCUGGAGAAAAACGGGAGGCCUGGGCUACCCCGCCUCGGGAGGAGGGAACCGAGGGCAGUGCUUGGGGCGAAGGCUGAAGGCGCGCGUGGGAGGCGGGGGCCCUGGGUGGAACGAGGGUUACAGGAUGUCCGAGAAAGAUGCCUCCCGGGAAGAGGCGGGCUAAAGCCUGGAUGCCAUCACCGGCCUCAAGACACGUGGGAGACGGGGAUGAGGCUGGUGUCAAAGCUCAAGGGUUCCAUGCCCUGAGUUCAGGGAGUUAGUUUGAUGUAGGAGGCCAUAGGUCUCAUACAGGUGAGAAGGCUCGAAGGGGUGUCACAAACCUAGGGAGUCGAAUCUUUUGGGAGGGUCGAAGCUUCCCUAGGGAACAGCUCCAUCAGGUUAGAGUUCAAGAGGAUGGCAUCUUAUGGGGGCAAGGAGAGCCUGUCAGAAGUCACGGGAUUAGCGGGCCCUUUAAUGCUGUCGAUAGAUGAGCGACUUCACUUGAUUUACUGUUCUGUCAUGCGUGCUACUCUCUUGACCAGAGGGAUCCCAGUCACUAUGGAGGACCCGCAUCCUGAAGAGACCAUGGAGCAGCAGGAUUCGUCCAAGGAGAGGAGUCCCCGCAGUCCAGGAGGCGACAUCUGCCACCUGGGGGCCCCGCAGUGCACCCGCUGCCUCAUCACCUUCGCCGAUUCCAAGUUCCAGGAGCGUCACAUGAAGCGGGAGCACCCAGCGGAUUUCGUGGCCCAGAAGCUGCAGGGGGCCCUCUUCAUCUGCUUCACCUGCGCCCGGUCCUUCCCCUCCUCCAAGGCCCUGAUCGCCCAUCAGCGCAGCCACGGUCCAGCCGCCAGGCCCUCCACGCCAGUGGCGCCCACCGCUGCCCAGCCUACAUUCCCCUGUCCUGACUGUGGCAAGACCUUUGGGCAGGCUGCUUCUCUGAGGCGGCACCGCCAGGCGCAUGAGACCCGCACCCCUCCUGGCCCCUUUGCCUGCACUGAGUGUGGUCAGGACUUUGCCCAGGAAGCGGGGCUGCAUCAACACUACAUCCGGCAUGCCCGGGGGGAGCUCUGAGUGAGGGCUAAGCCCUCCCUAGGGCAAUGGGUGUGGGGGAGGGUUCUUUGGCUGCUAGAACCCACCUCUGAUAUGGGAUGGGGGCCUUGGAAGGAUCUGCUUCCCUCCCUGGACAAGCAAAGGACUCCUGAUAAGUAGGACCCAGAAGAUGCUCAUCUACAGCUUCAGUCUUUGGAGGACACAAAGGCCUUCAGGGAUAUAGUGAAAUUAGUGAAAUCUUUUGUUUAAAAAAAAAAGCAAGCAAAAGGGAAAACUGUUAUUUGUAUCUCUCUCAUUCCCAAUUAAAUAGUUUGAAAUCACAACUA